AUGAAUCAAGACGAACCACCAGGAAGUUCUGAAGUUCAGCUAGUCAACUAUAUCAAGGAUCUAGGCUACGGUGCUACAUAUUCCUCCAAUGUUAUCUUGGCAGUACUGGAACAAAUUGGAAUCUAUCCAUCUAAUGCUCAUACAAAGAUCACUGAGUUGGAACUUGCAAGACUGUUGGCUAUGAUGGCUUUAACUCACACUGGCCUUCCUGAAAAUCCUGCUCUUCGUGCUCUUGUUUCUGGAAUAUUGAGCGAACCUGAAGUGGAUCAACUGCGUAACAUGACCACUUGGUGUAUCGAUCUGUUCUUCAAUGUUCUUGUAAAAAUGAAUCCUGCAAUAAAUUGGAGUAAUGUUCUGCGUAAGCUUGAUCAUCCCGAUACCGCUUUUCCAGAUUCAAACAGUCUUGCCAUUGUUCUCAAAGCAUCAAAAGCUGUUCUUCAAGAUAUUUAUCUUUUACCUACAAAUGUUUUUCUUGAGCGUUGGACAAAUCAAAAGGCUCAAGUCAGUUUCCUUCGUUACACUAUCCAAAUGGCCUCAGAGCUGUUCACUCUUGUUGCGACACUUCCAAGACGAGUCGUUACCAUGGAAUCCGUUCCCCCUGGAAACCUGGGUCGCUCUGUUCUUUCCGCUUCAUCUACAUCGCCAUGGAACUCUUUGGAUCUAAUUCAAUCCCUUAUGGAGCUUUCUCAAACCCAAUACGUGGAUGAAGUCAAACAGCUGAUCGAAUUAGGUAUCCAACACAGUCCUGGUCUCAUGCUUUUAGGAUUUGCUCGUCUUUCGACAACAUGGAAUUCAACCAUCAAGGAAUAUGGCCCCAGACUUGCAGUGAUUUUCCUCAUGGGUCAUCCCCAUGCUCCAUUUUUUUUGCCUCGUGUGUGGCAAUUGACUCCUGCAUUAUUUGUAUCGGGUCUAGUAUUAAUGCACUCCAAGGAUCCGUCAUCUAUUUCACGAAUCCUUGAUAUUGCUCAAGAGAUGAAGGCUCUUUCACAAAUUUUGGAAGCUAAACCAUACAGUUUUUCAAUCGAUCUGGCAGCAUUGGCAUCACGUCGCGAAUACCUCAAUUUGGAAAAGUGGCUGCAGGACCAUAUUCAUGAAGAAAACACUUUGUUUGUUCGUGCUUGUCUGGAUUUUCUCAACGAGAAAGUGGUCAUGCAGCUUUCUCAGCCCGAUGCUGCUCAUGCAGCUCCGCUUUCUAUAGAGGUGGUAAGUGCCUUCUUGCGUGCUUUACGAGCCAACACAAGUACAAUGACGGCUGAAAACGCCGAGUUGCUCAAGGAGCUUUUGAAUAUUUGCCUACAGACAUAUCCCAGACUUUCAGCAAUGAUUGACGAGGUACCUUUUGUUGAAACCACAUCGUUUCCGGCAGAUAUCGAGGCAGAAGCCAAUUCCUAUUACGAAAAGAUAUAUAAAGGAGAGCUUUCAAUUGGUCAAGUUGUUGAUAUGCUGCAACGGCUCAAGAUCUCCAACAAUCCUCGAGAUCAGGAGACUUUUCGCUGUAUGGUUCACAAUCUGUUUGAUGAGUACAAAUUCUUUCAACGCUAUCCGGAAAAAGAGCUUACAGUUACCAGUAUCCUUUUUGGCGUUUUGAUUCAAAAUGAGGUGGUCACUUCCAUGGCUCUUGGAGUCGCUCUUCGGUAUGUGCUCGAAGGUCUUCGUCACCAAGUUGGUUCAAAGCUUUUCAAAUUUGGUGUGCAGGCUCUCUUGCAGUUUUUGAACCGACUGGUUGAAUGGCCUCAAUACUGUGCAUUGCUAUUGCAAAUUGAGCAUCUUCGUGAUGCACAUCCUGACAUUAUUCAAGCCAUCAAGAAUGCCCAAAAGCAAGUCGUGACUGCAAGUACAGGAGCAAGUGAUCCGAUUAGAUAUGCAGAUACUUCCGAGGCCAAACCAAUGGCAAUUUCCAUGAAACUUGAUUCUCAGAGCGCCGCUUUGUCCAGUGCAGAUGAUGGCCUUGUUUUCAAAACAGUCAAUCUUGAUCCUUUGCCAGAAGACGUUGUUUCUGAAUUACCCUCUGAAAGUAUUCAAGAUAAAAUACUGUUCAUUGUAAACAAUGUUUCACAGGACAAUGUGGAAAGCAAAGUCGUUGAAAUGGGCGAGCUUUUAAAACCUGCAUACUACUCGUGGUUUAGUGAAUAUUUUGUUUUAAAACGUGUCAGCAUCGAGCCCAAUUUCCACAAUGUAUAUAUUUUGUUUUUAGAUGGUCUCCCGUCUUCUAACCUAUAUUGCUAUAUUUUACGCGAAACGUUGCAUAAUAUCAGACUACUCCUCAACUCUGAAAAAACGCUGACUUCUUCUCAGGAGCGUUCUCUACUCAAAAAUCUUGGUACUUGGCUUGGAAGCAUUACGCUUGCCAAAAACAAACCAAUCAAGCAUAAAAAUUUGGCAAUCAAAGAACUACUUUUGGAAGGCUGUUUAAGUAAUCGAUUGAUUGUAGUCAUUCCUUUUGUAUGCAAAGUGCUUGAACAAUGUGGUACAAGCAAGGUGUUUCGGCCUCCCAAUCCUUGGCUAAUGGCUAUUCUCAAAUUGCUUGCUGAGCUCUAUCAUUUUGCUGAACUCAAACUCAAUCUCAAGUUUGAGAUUGAAGUGCUAUGUAAAAACAUUGAAAGCAAAUGUGAAAAUUUCAAACUUAAUGUCAAGGAUAUGCAGCCCACAGAUAUUCUUCGUAUUACAAUGCAGCGUAUUGCUGCAAAUGAGGCUGAUAAUACUACCAAUCUUCAAUCCCGAAGUAUAGCAGGGUAUAUACAUCCCAAUGCGAGUGUCGAUGCCCAGUCUCGCCAGCAAUCACAAGGCCCUACUGAUUUAUCAGACGAAAAUGGAGUCAUGUAUCCCAAUCUGGCUGCAUAUAUCACAUCCAACCACAAUAUUUCUCUGUUCAAUACACAGCCGUCUUUCAAGAGAAUUGUUCAUAUUGCAAUCGAUCGAUCUAUUGGUGAAGUGAUCAUGUCAUCAGUAGUUGAGCGCAGUGUUGCUAUUGCUGUGAUUGCAUCUCGGGAGCUUAUUACCAAAGAUUUUUCCAUGGAACCCAAUGAAGACAAGAUGCGUAAAGCUGCACAUCUGAUGACUCAGAGUCUCUCUGGAAGUUUGGCAUCGGUGUCUUCUCGUGAGCCUUUGCGUGUUAGCAUGAUAUCAAAUCUACGUAUGCUGUUGAUGCAGAACGGAUUUUCUGAACAAACUGUGCCAGAACCCGUUGUUCACUUGAUUGUCUCGGACAACCUUGAUCUUGCAUGUUCUGUAAUGGAAAAAGCGGCUUCAGACAAGGCCAUAUCGGAAAUUGAUGAGAGUCUAGCUUCUUCUUACAUGAACCGUCGCAAGCAUCGUGAACGCUCCAAUCAACCUUACUUUGACAUGGCAGUUUGUUCAGCUUCGCGAUAUGCUACUGCUUUGCCUGAAGGAAUUCGACCCAGACCUGGAGGCUUGCUAAUGCAGCAAUUGCGUGUAUAUGAGGAUUUUAUUCGUAUUCCACAUUUACAAGAGCGACAAUCUCGAAAUGGUGCACUUUUGCGUAGUGAUGAUCGUCAUGGGCCCGUACAUGCACAAUCAUUUCAGCAUGUUCAGCCAGAAAUGGCCAACGAAGGAACUGCGAAUGCAAUUUCGAUUCGGCAAAUUGUUGAAAAGUUUAAUCUUGUUACUAACGAUCUAGAUAAACAACUCAAAGCAAAUGCACUAGUGUCUCUUGAAACAUUGCCUGCUCAGCACAACAUUCGCUUAUUGAUGGCAGAGGUUCCGAGUCUACUAACACAGACACCUUCUGUUGACGAGUUUUCGCUAGUCUUUUCCCAAAAGAUUGUACAGCUGUUGUAUAAAUCGGACUCUGUUAUUUCUCGUACUGUCUAUAUAUUGAUUUUGAAGAGAUUUUGUGAAAUCUCAAAUGCACUGGCCAAGGAAUUGAAAGAUUGGUUUUUAUAUCACGAUGACGAGCGUAAAUAUGAUAUUCAGGUCAACAUUGCACUGCUGCAAAGUGAUUUACUAGACGUGGCCGAGUUUGACAUGCAGCUUGCACGCCAGGUGGAGACUGGUCGGCCAAAUGUAAUUGAAUUUGCAGCAUCACUUUUGACCACAUGCUUAAUUGAACGACGAAAGUUUGCACUCUAUACCGACUUUUUGUUUACGAUACAAUCCUUCCGGAGACUAGUUACUCAAGGAAAAGUAUCAUCCAGUGUUACAACCCUGUUGAGCAAUGUCGAAAAAGGAUCUGCCAUAAUGUCUGCAAAAAAUCUUAUUCUGCAAGAUCCUAGCAACGAUGCUGUGCGAGAACAUUUAAGCCUGGUGUUUCAUGAAUGGAUUCAAAUUUUUAACCAUCCAUCCAGCAGUUUGGCAACGCAUCUUGAUUUUGUCACUCAGCUCCAAGAUAUAUUAAUGGUUGAUUCCAUCUAUCCUCUUUUUUUCCGUGUCUGUACGGAGAUCAGUGUUGAUCUUUUUGACGUCAUUAAAUCCUCAAACGGAGCCAUUGCCCAAGAAUAUCAAGGAGUGGAUGCGUUUUCCCGUUUGACUGUCUUGCUUAUUUCAUAUUAUAGAGAUUCUACUGGUGUAGACUACAACAAAGCGCGUCUUAGUUUUACUGCUCGGGUUUUAUCCAUCAUUGUGCUAGUUCUUAUCCAUUCACAUGAGCAAAAUCAGCUGCGCUUCAAUCAAAAGCCAUUCCUUCGGUUGUUUUCGAGUUUGUUAAAUGACUUGCAUCUAUUUGAAGCAAGACUUGGAGGCAUUCAUGCUCAUAUUUUUACGGCAAUCAGCAACACAUUCCAUACACUGCAACCUAAUUUCCUUCCAGGAUUUGCAUUUGCAUGGCUUCAACUGAUUUCACAUAGACAGUUUAUGCCUAAACUUUUGCUUGCAGAUGGCCAGCGGCUCUGGCCCUAUUACCAAAGAUUACUAGUCGAACUGUUUAAAUUUAUUGGGCCGUUUCUUCAGCAAGAUCAAUUAUCUGACACAACACGUCUUUUGUAUCGAGGAACACUUCGCGUUGUAUUAGUACUCUUGCGAGAUUUCCCAGGAUUUUUAUGUGACUAUCAUGUCAGCCUUGUUGAUGUUAUUCCGCAUACCUGUAUCCAAUUGCGAAAUUUAAUUCUCAGCGAUUUCCCUCGAAAUAUGCGAUUUCCUGAUCCUUUUACUCCUAAUCUCAAGGUUGAUUUACUCCCAGAAAUCAACCAGUCUCCUCCAAUACUGUCCGACUAUACGUGUAGUCUCACUGAGAAUAAUUUGAAGCAGGAUAUAGAUGACUACUUAUCUUCCCGUGGUCCAGUGUCGUUUUUGACCGAGUUGCAGAGUAAACUUUUGUUAAAAGAGCCGUUGUCCAAACCUACCUCCAAAUACAAUGUUUGUGCAAUCAACGCACUUGUUCUUUAUGUUGGAAUUCAAGCCAUUGCACAAGCUCAGCAAAAACAACAAGCAAGUUUUCUGGUUCCUCAUAGUGCGCCAAUGGAUAUUUUUCAACAGCUUGUUGUUGAUAUGGAUACAGAAGGACGUUACCUGGUGCUAUGCGCCAUUGCAAACCAACUUCGAUACCCCAAUAGCCAUACUCACUACUUUAGCUGUGUGCUGCUAUACCUUUUUGUAGAAGCCGGCCAAGAGAUUGUUCAGGAACAGAUUACAAGGGUACUUAUUGAGCGGCUUAUUGUCAAUCGACCACACCCCUACGGAUUGCUGAUUACAGUCAUUGAGUUGUUUAGAAACCCCAGAUACAGCUUCUGGGACUCUACUUUUGUGACAAGUGCUCCAGAAAUUGAGCGUCUUUUCCAAACCGUUGCAAAGUCCAUUAACCAGUCAAUGUCACGUGCACCCCAAUAAAUUGAAGAAAUGAUCAAGUUUG